AUGCCUUUCACAAAAUCUCACAGCCUCAAUUCCGAUGGUUAUGCUUCACAAACAGCCUGGCGUGACAUUCAGAAGUUUCUUCCCCAAAGUCUCCAUUUCACGGCUGAGCACUGUCCUGUGGAAGAGUGGUGGGAGCACAAGGGAUACAGACUCCAUCUGGACCGAUGGCGCAACGCAACAGCCAAAAUCCGGUUGAUCCUCCACCACGGCGUUGGAACCAAUGGCCGCCAAAUGUCAAUGAUUCUCGGAGUGCCCCUGCACAAGGCCGGCUUCGAGCUUGUCGCCAUCGACAUGCCUGGCUACGGCUGCACGGAGGCACCUGCUGGCCAAGUCUGGUCAUACGACGACUGGGUGCAAUUAUCGAGCGAUUUCAUCGACCACGAGCUGGAGGCCGAUCCGCGGCCCAUUGCCCUCUACGGCUUAAGUGCUGGUGGAAUGCUGACCUACCAUUCUGCCGCUCUCAACCAGAAGGUCAAAGGCAUCAUUGGCAUGACUUUCCUUGAUCAGCGCAUCCAGCAAGUCGCUGACACUACAGCGAGGAACCUUUUCAUGAGCCGUAUCGGACUGCCCUUUACUCGCGCUGCAAACGCAACAGGUUUCGCGCGCGCCAAGAUACCCAUGGCACUCGCAAGCAAAAUGUCAACGCUGGUAAACAAUGAGGACGCGUUACGGAUAUUCUUAAGCGACAGCACCUCAGCAGGGUCAGCAGCCUCGAUGCGUUUCUUAGCGACUUACUCGCAGUAUGAACCGGCCAUAGAGCCAGAAGCCUUUGACUUGUGCCCUGUGCUUUUGACCCAACCUUUGCUAGACCGAUGGACACCUUUGGAGUUGAGUAAGCUAUUCUUGUCUUCUAUUACCAAGGUGCCUGUACAAACUGUAGAGCUUGAAAACGCAGGUCAUUAUCCCCUCGAGGAACCUGGGCUACAGCAAAUGGCAGAUGCUAUUAUUGAAUUUUUGAACAAAUUGAGCUUUUAA